UGAUGACGUACUUUUAGCGCGACUCGAUCGCAAGCAGAGUUGUGGUCGUAAGCGAAUUUCUACACGCUAAACAUUCAGCUUUAACGUGAUGUCUCAGCAAACACAACAAACGGGACCCGCUCCUGACUCUCCUGCCCUGGUGGUCACAUCAAACGUGCAGAAAUAUGCCAUCAAGAAGAAAAAAGUCCUCAGUGCUGAAGAAAGUGAGCUGUUUGAACUGACGCAGGCUGCAGGUGUCACUUUGGAUCAGGAGGUUUUUAAGAUCAUAGUGGACUUGUUGAAAAUGAACGUGGCUCCUCAAGCCGUCUUUCAAACUCUGAAGGCAAUGUGUGCAGGUCAGAGAGUGGCUGAAAGCUGUGGAGAGUCUUCAGCUGCCUCCGUCACGAGCAUGACCACAGCACCUGCAGAGGUCAAAGAAGAAGAUUCUUUGGUCUCUGGAAAAAGCCCUAAGGCUCCUGCAGCACUCCACUCAGCAUCAGGCCCCAGAGCCACAAGGGUCAACACUAAGAUUGUGGUCUAUGGCCCCCAAGACGCUAGCCCUGCUCACUCUCAAGCUGUGCGCAGUAGAGCUGGAGCAGGUCAAAGUGAGAAAAGCAGAGAUGCUCCCAGCCAGAAGGCGCAGCGGCAGCCCAGCACCACUAGAGGGCAGAAGACUAAGAGCUCUGGCAGCAGCAGCUCUUCUUCACAAAUCAACUCCACAUAAGCCUCAAACUAAAGAGGCAAUUUGUAAAAAUGUAGGUUUUGUUACAUUUUAAUGUCUAUAUUUCAUUUGUUGCAGGUUUAAAGAACUGAUUUGUUUAACAAAUGUCUGACCAAAUGUAUUCUUUCUUUGUUUUGUGUAAAAAUAUUGAUUUUAUGAAAUCUGGGUUUUGGAUCAAAGCUGCCUCUUUUGUGUUGGUUCAAAUGGCAGCAAAUACUGUAAGAAAUAUAUAUUUACUCCAGAGAUGGUAUUUGAGUUAGGUGCUUCUCUUGUCAGCUAACACUGGACAAUAAGAGGCAAAAGAAACUGGAAGCAUAUGUUGCAUGCCAAAAAUUAGUUUCUAUUACAUUUAAAUGAUCUCUUUCACCAGCUGGCUAUGUUUGACACUCCUGAAAAAAACUGAUUUUACUCUGUUCAUGUUUUUUUAAUACAGUUCUUCUCUUUAUUUGUAGUACUGCUGCUUACCUUACAAAAUGCAACAAUGGCUAAAGAAAAACUAGUUGUUGAGAUGAGGCACUGAGUUGCCAUGUGACUGACAGAUAAGCUAUUUGUGUUAAGAAGCAUUUGAACAAGUGGACCAAGUAAAGUGUCCUAAGUGUUUAAAACAAAAGAAUGUGCUUUGAGUAAGGUGGCUCAAAGCAUAACUUAGGCAAACAUCCACAAAUAAGACAAAAAGACUUGAUGAGUUUAUAGGAGAUUAAAUUACAGAGCUUUCUUAUAUUUAUAUUUGUUAUUGUAAUUUAACAUCUCAGUGCAUUCUUUUGUAACAUGUCUAAUUAACAAAGAUGACUCACUAAUUGUAUGAUUUUUCUAUUUGCAAGCUUUUUCUCAAUUUUCAGUUCACUGAUCUCAUUUAACUACUGUUUGAGUCCUAUAAAAUAAAAACAUCUAUUAAAUGGAAAA